ACGAGGUGCUGAUAAAAAACAAGGACGCACAAUGGUCCGGUCGCCAUUGUCUUUGCCUUGAACCCAUCGUACCCCUCCUUGCGCAUCCCUUCGCAUACCUCACCGUGUCAUAAUGCUCCAUCCACCGUCUCCUUCCGGUUCGGCCGCCGAACAGGAGCGGUCAGGGACUCCGACCACAGGCCCGCUUCCGUCUCCACCUCCACCUCCACUUCGCCCGCCCCCGAGCCGAGUGGAGCUCGGUGAAAGUCACACAAAGAAGCCCUCCCCGUGCCUCGACAAGCUCGCCGACAUGGCGGCAGAUGAUGGCUUCUGGAGCAGGGGAUCCGAACUCCAGCCUUACACUGACGAACCAGCCUGGUACUUCUUCUAUGGCACCCUCAUGAAUCCCGACGUACUCAAAAGCGUCUUGGGGCUGGACACGGAGCCGGUCCUGCGGAGUGCCAAGGUCUACGGUUACGAGCUCACAAACUGGGGCCAAUACAGGGCCCUCGUUGACGGCGAGCCAGAGAUGGAAGUGACGGGUUGUGCUUACAAGGUGCGGUCGGCCGAGGAAGAGUUCAAGCUGGCCUACUACGAAACCAACGCCUACAUACCCGCGCCCUGCAGAAUUUACUUCACCGACGAUGGUCCGGCCGAAAGCGGGGAGGAGAACGGGACACUUGGUAAAGUAUUGAAGUAUGCUGGCAACGCCGAAGCUCUCAAGCAAGGACGCUUUGAUCGGGAUUUGUGGGAGAUGCGGAUGGGCAUACGGCUGCCGCCGGCGUGGCGUGGGGGAGCGUCACGGGACGUGCAGCAAAGGGGCUUGGAGCAGAAGGAAGUCAAGGGAGCGACGGCGCAAGACAAAGGAAGAACGGUGCAAACUGCAUGUCAGAGCGAAAAGGAGGUCGCCGACUCCAGCACUUAGUUAGUGAGUAAAGGAACCCGUAACCUUCAUACGGCGUCAGGUCUGCCGUCAGGUAGGCCCCACGGGCAAGUCGGAUCUUCCACCCUCCUCUCCAUCAUCAUCAGUCUCGUCUUGUAUGUACUUCCGCAUCAGCGCACUCUUCCGCAUCAGACCGUCUUGGGAAGGCUACCAAAGCUACCCC